AAUCUUCUGUCCCCAUUUCCCUAUCCCCUUCCCUGUCUCCCUAUAAAAUUUUGACACGUGGCAAUGUUGUCUCCUCACCCUAACCAGCCUACUAACCCCGGUAAACUAACCCAACAUCUCUAACUCUACUCCAAAACACUAAACCCAACAACCCAACAGCUACUCUUCUCUUUCUUCUAAGGCAGCAAAGCUUUUUUCUGGAACUUCUCUUCAAAAAUGGACCACAAAUCUCCUGUGCCAUCAACACCGGAUGUGGAAGCUACGGAUAGUUGUGAUUGUCAAAUAUCUAGCAAAUUGGAAUUUGGGAGUGGUAUAGAGUUGAAUUGUUCUGUAGAAGUUGAAAAUAAUGAAGUUGGAGGUAGUGAAGAAAAGUCAGAAGAAGCCACAAAACCUAUUGAAACGACUGAUUCAAUUCAUUCUAGAAUGCGUCAAGAAUUGAUUCCUGCAGUUGGUAUGGAGUUUGAAACAGAACAUGAUGCAGAUGCUUUUUACAAUCAAUAUGCAUAUAGAUUUGGUUUCAGUACCAGAUUAAGUAAGGCACAUAAAUCCUCCAGUGGCCUAUUGAGGGAUAGGCUCUUUGUUUGCUCAGCCGAAGGUAAACGUGGAAGAGACAAGCGAAAUCCCUAUGUCAAAUCUCAUCGUGCUGAGACAAGAUUUGGGUGUAGAGCUAAGAUGAAAAUUAGGUAUGAUCUGUUAUCCAGAAAGUAUAGUGUUGUGGAAUUUGUUGCUGAUCAUACCCAUGUGACUACAACUCCUAGUAAGACCCAUCUUUUUAGGUCUCAUAGGAAAAUCUCUCUUGCACAAAUUGUUCAAGCUGAUAUGGCUUACGAUUCAGGAAUCAAUCCAAAAGAAACUCUUGAACUAUUAAGUAGACAAGCUGGUGGACGUGAGCAUUUGGGAUUUAUUCCAGAAGAUUAUAAGAAUUAUUUACGUUCAAAGCGAACAAGAGAAAUGAAGUCAGGGGAUACCGGUGGUGUUUUGGAAUAUCUACAAAGAAUGCAGUUGAAUGAUCCUAAUUUUGUUUAUGCAAUACAAGUGGAUGAGGAUGAUUUGAUAACCAAUAUUUUCUGGGCUGAUGCAAAGAUGAUGGUAGACUAUGAUUACUUUGGUGAUGUGGUAAGGUUUGAUACCACUUACAGGAAAAAUAAAGAAGGCAGACCUUUUGCGAUGUUUGUUGGUGUCAAUAAUCAUAAGCAAACACUUAUAUUUGGUGCUGCAUUGUUAUAUGAUGAGACUGCUGAAACUUUCAUGUGGUUAUUUGAUACCUUUGCAAAUACAAUGUCUGGAAAGAAACCAAAGAGCAUUUUGACUGACCAAGAUCUUGCAAUGGCUAAAGCAUUAGCUUCACAAUGGCCAGAAACACAUCAUCGACUAUGCAUUUGGCACAUAUAUCAAAAUGCAGCUAAGCAUCUUAGUAGUGUGUUUGAGCAGUUUAAGAAUUUUGCUGAAGACUUUAGCAGUAUCAUAUAUGAUUAUGAAGAUGUUGAAGACUUUUUAAUUGCUUGGAAGAAGAUGCUUGAAAAAUACAAUCUCCAAGAAAAUAAAUGGUUAGGCCGGUUAUUUGAUUUGAAGGAGAAAUGGGCCUUAGUUUAUGGGCGAGAAACAUUCUGCGCAGAUAUUACCACCACCCAACGCAGUGAAAGCAUGAAUAAUUCUAUCAAGAAGUAUGUGAGUUACAAGUAUGAUUUGCUGCGAUUUUUUCGUCAUUUUCAGAGAUUACUUGAUGACCGUCGUUAUAAUGAGUCAGUAGCAAAUUUUAAAUCAAGUCAGACCACUCCUGCAUUGUCAUUCCCAGUGAAAAUAUUAAGGAAUGCAGCAAAAGUGUACACACCAGCAGUGUUUAAAUGGUUCCAAGUUGAGUUAUGUAAAGCUCAUGAUUGUACCUUGAAGUUAUUUGGUGAGAUUGGAACGAUGCGCAUAUAUGAAGUUACUGCUCAUGGAAAGCGUUUCCACCAUACAGUAACAUUUGACUCGGUUGAUAAUAAUAUCUCAUGCACUUGUAAGAAGUUUGAGUUUGCUGGAAUUUUGUGUUCACAUGCUUUAAAGAUUUUAUCGACAAAUAAUAUCAAGACCAUUCCUAGUCAAUACAUCUCAAAGAGAUGGACAAAGGAUAUUAGAGAUCAAAGAGCCAAGGUGUCUUGUCCAAAUGCAAAUGAUGAUGACCAGAAAGCAAAAAUAGCAAGACGUUACAGAGAAUUGGCUCGAUUACAUACUGAACUUGCAACAAGUGCUGCUGAAUCUGAUGAAGCUUAUGAAAUUGCUAUAGUGGCCCUUCACAAGACUUUAGCGGAUGUUAAGGCAUCUUUAAAAAAAAAGACCAAUCAAGAAGCACCUGAGGUUGUUUCUGGUGAUUUUGAUGAUCAUAGGGUUAGAGGAAUCAAGGUUAAAGAAAAAAUUGUUCGUAAGGAGGAAUCUAUUAGACCAAAGAAUGCUUUGGAAAAGCUCUUAGGAAACAAAAGGUGUAAGAGAGAGGUAGAUAUUUCAUCAAGACACCAAAGAGAACCAGAAUUAGAUCAUUCCAAUGUGAACUCCACAUUUAAUCCUUCACUUGUUAAUUCCACAAGUGCUCCUGCUUUAGAAAAUCAAUUGAAUGAAAAGGUUCUUCAUAUCAAUAAUUCAACUCACAAGCCAAAUGUUUUGCCUCCACAAAUGCAGUUCACACCACCAUUUCAAUAUGUCCAGGUUUCUUCAAGUGUCUAUUUUUACUAUUACUUUUCUGGCAUGCUUGUUUAAUGCUUAUUACCUUUAUUA